UCCCGUGCAGAAUGACGAACCAGUGGGUGAUUUUAGCCAUCUACAUCCUGACGUUUCUGAUCGGCCUUCCUGCCAAUCUGCUGGGCAUUUACACGUUUUUUAAGAAACUGGGUGACAAACCCAGUCCGAAUGAUAUCCUGCUCUUCAACCUGACGGCUUCUGACUUGGUCUUCCUUCUCUUUCUGCCAUUCAAAAUGUACGAAGCCGCCAUUGGAAUGAAAUGGUAUUUAUCCCAGACCCUGUGCUCCAUUGCCUCUUUUGUGUUUUUCACCACCAUUUACACCAGCUCCCUGUUGCUCAUGGCUGUAGCCAUUGACCGCUACUUAGGGCUGGGGUUUCCAUUCAAAUACAGACUGAUGCGUAAACCGCUUUACACCGCAGCAGGAAGCGUCAUCAUCUGGCUGGUCAGCGCUGCCCAUUGCAGCAUCGUAUUCAUCACUGUCCACAUGCCAGAUCCCAACGCCACCCUUCCCAAAACAGUCUGCUAUGAAAACUUCACAGAGAAGCAAAAGAAGAUCUUGUUACCAUUUCGACUCGAAAUGUUUGUGGUUCUAUUCAUGCUGCCGCUCUUAGUUUGUAUCUUCUGCUAUAUCAGCUGUAUCUGCAUCCUGUACAGCAGGCCUCAUAUUAGUAGAGAGAAAAAGCAACGGGCCAUUGGCAUGGCGUUGUGCACGCUCACCAUCUUCUUAAUCUGUUUUUUACCCUUCAACAUGUCUCAUCUGGUGGGUUUCAGCAGCAACGACAGCCCAUGGUGGAGAUACUACACGCUCCUGCCCAGCACCCUCAACACCUGUCUGGAUCCGUGCGUGUUUUACUUCUCCUCUUACACUUUCUGUGAAAGCAAAACGGUUUCUUUACUUAAGAGGUGGUGUUUUAAACCUAAGAAGACCAAGGAGAGUGAAACUGAACUUGUGACUGUGGCAAAAUGA